AUGAAUACUCUCCUCACUACCCUUUUGAACACAUUCAUCGUCACUUCCGUCUUUCUUGGAUCACGGAAGGCGCGGAGGAAAUCCAGCUGCAGAAAGUUGGGACGUACACAUUUUGGAUUUGCCGGCCCAAAGAAAAAGGAAGUGAAAUAUGCUGAGCGUUCAAAAGCCAAAAUUUGA